UUUUUAUUAACCAACAAGAUACAGUUCAUAAACAACUAUGCAAGUUUUGCUCGCUUUGCUGGCACUCGCUGCGCUUUUGCAGCUCAGUAGCCAAACUGAAUACCUAGGAGUCAGUGAGGAUAUUUGUCGCCUCUUUCCGGAUGGCACGAAACUACGUCAGCCGGGAUACUGCGAUCGGUGGAUUGUUUGCAAGAACUUUAAAAGCACCGCAGGUGGCCUCUGUGUUGACGGACUACAAUACAAUUUAUUAAGAAAUGCUUGUUACAAAUCUCUGGAAAAGUCAGAUACUUAUUGUGACGCGCCUUGUACUUCAAAAACUAUUGGAUACGUUGGCGACACCUUAAAUUGUGCCAAUUGGUAUUAUUGUAAUAAGACGAGUCUUUUGGGCAGUGGUCAAUGCGCCAACAACAUGUACUUUGAUCAGACUCAGCAGAUGUGUGUCUAUCCCAAGGAUGCUGUUUGCAAUGCAAAAUUCGAACUGGUUCAAGUUGUGCCAGCGAAGACCAAUAUCAAGGAUGAAGACAACUGCGAUAAGUAUCUGACUGCCAGUGCCGGUAAACUCACUCCGGUCAACUGUACUACGGGCCUCUACUAUGAUGUCAACACUGGAAAGUGCAUCAAAAAAUCGUUGGUGCAAUGCGCGAAGAUUCCGUUACCCGAUGAGGUUUGUGGCAACAAAAAGCUUGCGAAGCGAGACAAAUUUUCAGCCGAUGGUGGCACCUGUCGAGGAUACUUCUAUUGCCAUGAUCUCGGUUCUGGUAAGCCGGAUCCCGACCCUCUUUGGCAACAGUGUCCUGUGGAAUAUUUCUUCAACGAGGAGCGAAGUAUGUGUGAAGAACGUGCCCAACGCAAGUGCGUUGAGGAUCGCUGCGACGGUCGCGACGAUGGUUUCGAAGUGGCCGAAGUUCCCGGCUGCCAGCAUUACAUUAAGUGUGUGAAUGGUGCCCAAUCUGGUAAUACAUUGCAGUGCGCUAACGGCAUGUACUUCGAUGCACAGGCUCAAAAGUGCACCACCGUAAAACAGACCUAUGGCGCAUGCAGCGAAUAAAACUUUGUUCAGCCCAAAAGUAUGCAAUGAAAAUAUAUUAUAUUUGUAUUGCUAAAAUUGUUUAUCUCCUAUAU